GUCGUUUUAGGAGACACACUGUUCCUGAUACGCUGUACACACAGAAUGAACUUUGAACAGUGUGCCUAUGAUGACAUGACUUAUAAACACACAUUAAUGUGGGAUGGAGGGGAGAGAUAAACCUCAGGCCAUGUAGAUUUAAUUUGGACAGUAGCCCCGAGGAAGCCUGCUGCUCUUCUUCUUUUGUUUGAUUGUAUUACAAAGACUGGAUAAAGAUCUCUCCUGAGUUCACAAGACCAUGACUAUCGGCAGGAGCUCCAAAAAGAACAUGGGCCCUCGUUCUCCUCCUUUCCUGGACAAGGCUAGUGGAUUCUACGGGCGCUUGGAUGAAAUGUGUGGAGACGAUGUACAGAGAGAGACCACAGAAGAGCAGAUAGGAACCAUACACCGGAGCAGCCAAGACAAUGGGACAGCUCCAAGCUGGAUAGAAGAGGAUGACCAUGUGGUUGAUUUUAACCAGGGUGUGAUGGAUGAUGAUGGGACCACUUUACUGAAGAGAAAGCCCAGCAGACUGAGCCGCCGCUGGAGCAGGAUGAGCUCCAGGAAGGCAAAAUAUGACAAAUUUUCCUCAGAGAAACCCCCGGGUAAGGAGACCAACAAGCCCACCUCUGUACAUCUAAACCCAGAGGUGCCACCAACCACCCAAACCCUGGAGAGCAGCAGAGAACCAGAACCAACACUGGUCCAUUUCUCUGCGAGGGAGCAUGCUGAAGACCAGAUUCUGAUCUCGGAAAAGAAGGAAGGAGAAGGGGAAAUGAAAAACACAAGAAAAGGGAAGACAGAAGGCAAACAGAAUGGAGAGUCAUUGGAAGUUGUAAAGAGAAACACUCUUAAGAAUUAUCGCAAGGCUGUGGACAGAGCUUUCCGUCAAGGAUGGGAGACUUUCGUUGCCAAUCUGUAUAGUGUGACACUGACACCUAUAUCAUCAACCUCGUCUUCAUCCACACCAUCAGACAAAAGUGAAUUGAACAGGAAUGGUGUUUUAGCAGAGUUCAGAUAACAGGAGAACAGACUGACUUGUAUUUUCAACUUGAUGAGUAAUUCCAAUUAUUCAUUUAAAUGUGCUCAAAUAUUUAAUGCAUUGUUGUUCUUACAUAAAACUGAUAGCCACUGAUACGGUUUUAAACUGAUCAUUAUGUAACUUGACAUGAAAGGUCAAUAUUUGAACUUUUUAUCAGUGUAUACAUUUGUUAUCACAGUGCUAAAGAGGCGUCUACCUGAUCUUUGUUCCCUUUGUGAGGAAACACAAGGCCAUAUGCUAUUAUUAUCUGACAUGGAAAGAUUUUGAUAAUGUUUUUUAGCUGUGAACAGUAGCAGAGUUCAUGUAAUUUGGCAAUGAGCCUGUAUUACAGGUUAUGUACCAAAGGGUUAACUCUUAAAAAUUGGGAGCUCAUGGAUUUAAAAAAAAAAAAAAUGUCAUCAACAGGUAACAUCACUGGCAGUGAAGUGUAUAAAUAACUGAGCCAAGAGAUGAAGUGAAGAUGGCUUUUGUUUUCUUGGGACUUAUUUAUCUUCUAUAACUUGCUUGCUGAACCCAAUUUCCUAAUGUCACGUAGGAGAUUUUUGUUUGUUUUGUUUUAUCUGCAUUGUGAUAUCAAAGCAAAGCUAAUAAUUAAAAGGAAAAGUGAGACAAAAUCAACC